CCCCCCGGACCCUCCGGACCCCGCCAUGGAGGACGUGACCCCCCCGGACCUGCUGCCCUUCCUGCUGCAGGACUGGGGCGCUCCGGAGCCGGGGGGGGCGGCGCCGUUCGUGGAGAUCCUGGAGCAGCCCAAGCAGCGCGGGAUGAGGUUCAGGUACAAAUGUGAGGGGAGAUCGGCCGGGAGCAUCCCCGGGGAGCACAGCGCCGAGAGCACCAAGACCCACCCCACCAUCCGCGUGAACAAUUACCGAGGCCCGGGGCGGGUCCGGGUGUCGCUGGUGACCAAGGACCCCCCCCACCGCCCCCACCCCCACGAGCUGGUGGGGAAGGACUGCAGGGACGGCUUCUACGAGGCCGAGCUGUGCCCCGAGCGCAGCAUCCACAGUUUCCAGAAUUUGGGGAUCCAGUGCGUGAAGAAGCGAGAGCUGGAGGCGGCCGUGGCCGAGCGGAUCCGCACCAACAACAACCCCUUCAACGUGCCAGCGGAGCAGCGCGGGGGCGAGUACGACCUGGCCGCUGUCCGGCUCUGCUUCCAGGUGUGGGUGAGGGGCCCGGGGGGGCUGCGGCCCCUCCCCGUCCUGUCCCAGCCCAUCUACGACAACCGUGCCCCCAGCACGGCCGAGCUGCGCAUUUGCCGCGUGAACCGCAACUCCGGGAGCUGCCGGGGCGGGGACGAGAUCUUCCUGCUGUGUGACAAGGUGCAGAAAGAGGACAUCGAGGUCCGUUUCUGGGCCGAGGGCUGGGAGGCCAAGGGCUCCUUCGCGCAGGCCGACGUUCACCGCCAGGUCGCCAUCGUGUUCCGCACGCCGCCCUUCCGGGACCCGGCGCUGCGCGCCCCGGUCACCGUGCGCAUGGAGCUGCAGCGGCCCUCGGACCGCCAGCGCAGCGCCCCCGUGGACUUCCGCUACCUGCCCCACCAGGGGGACCUGCAGUGCAUCGAGGAGAAGCGCAAGCGCACGCGGGAAACGUUCCGCUCCUUCAUCCAGCGCAGCCCCCUGCCCGCUCCAGCCCCCAGCGAGUCGCGGCCCCCCCGGCGCCUGGCGGUGCCGUCGAGACCCCCCCAGAACCCCCCCAGUGCCGCUCCCUCCUUCUCUUUCGGGGGUCCCGGGGGGCUCCUGGGGGUGCCGCCCCCCCCCGAGGCCGAGCCGUUGUCGGAGGCGCUGCUGCAGCUGCAAUUUGAGGAGGGGUCCCCCCAGAUCCCCCAAAUCGGCGCCGGGGGGGGGCCCAGCGGCGUGGCCCCCCCCCAGUUGGAUUUCGGGGCCCUUUUGUGGGGGGACUCGCCCUUCCCCCCCCUGGACCCCCUGAACCCCUCGGAGCUCCAGCGCCUGCUGGGACCCCCCGAGCUCCCCUCAAACUUCGGGGACCCCUCCUCCGAUUUUGGGUGGGGGGUUUCAGAGCUGCCCCCCCCCCCGGCCCCCCAGGAUUUUGGGGGGGGGCCCCCCAUGCUGAUGUCGUACCCCGAGGCCAUCGCCCGCCUGGUGCAGAGCCAGGGCCCCCCCCCGCCGGGGGCGCCCCCCGAAAUGGGGCUGGGGGCGGAGCCGGGGGGGGGCGGGGAGGAAUCGCUGCCCUCCCUGGGCGAGCUCGACUUCAGCGCCUUCCUCAGCCAGUUCCCCUCCUCGUGACUGGGACGGACUGGGAGGGACUGGGAUGGACUGGGAGGGACUGGGAUGG